UGAACGAAGCUUUGCGCGCGAUUGUUUGUUGUUUGCGCUACCUUUUUUUUGUUUUGUUUUGUUUAGUUGCGAUCGUGCGUGCGAAAACCGGCGUUGGGCGGCGAUUUUUCUCUUUAUUUUGGCGUUUUCUUUUGUUUUUCUCUCAGCUGUUGUCGUAAUUGAAUCGAAUCGAAGCAAAAAAGUGCACACUUAUUGAAAGUUGCACAAAUUGAAGGCAAUUAUGAAGAAGCCACACAAGUUGUGAAAGUGCGUGUGAGUGUGUGCGCAACAAGUGCGUAAGCUUAUUUGGCAAGCCAAUCAGGAAGAAGAAGAAGAAAAAAACCCAAACACGAGAAAUUGGCGGGGAAAAGUUCUUGAAGAAGCACACAACAAAAAAAAGAACCCGAAGUGCGGCGAAACGUUGAGGAAGCGUCCAAUUGCUGCCGAAGAGGCGCCGAAGGUCGCCACAAAAUUGGCGUUGCGCGUAUUUACUUUGCAUUGCAACGAGCAAUAGCGUUUGUGCGUGUGUGUGCAGAAAAAAAAUCAAUUUAUUGCAGUUUUUAAUGUUGAGAAGUUCGAGAACGGUGCAACAAUCACACACACACAACAACAGCUGAAGCAGAAGCAGCAGCAGACAUCAGAGGAAAACAAAAGAACCAACAAUGAGAGCUUGGGUGUUAUUAUUGGUUAGCAUAUUUUGCCUGGCAAAGUUUGUCAAAUCCUAUGGCGUUUCGGAGCACCGCGUUGACUACUUCAAAACCGUUGACGGUCAUGAAUACAACUAUCAUUACCACGACGGUUUAGCGCCACGAUUUGAAAAGAGCAAACUUCUGCAGCCUCAGCAGCAGCUGCUGCUGCGGACAAAGCGGCCCCAGACGUACAAACAACCCUACCACAACAAGUACUUUGCCAACGAGCCCGCUUUCGCGAGCAACUUCCAGCACCGACAGCAGCAGAUUCAGCAACUGCAGCAGCAACAGCAGCGUCACCAUGCGGUGGUGUCUGACGUUCCAGCCCCGACGUACGCUAGCCUGGUGAGCAGUAGUUCGUUCCAGCAGCAAAACUCGAUACCGACGUUCGAGAGUCACGAGAAGAUCCGGCACUCGUACGUGGACGAGGAGGAGGACAGCGAAGAGGGCGUCAACAGCAGCUACGAGAUCAAGAAGAAGCUUCCGGUGACGAUGGCUAAGCUGGCGUCGAAGAAUGCUUUCGUGGGGACCGCUGGAUCGUUGCACGGACUCCAGGUGGCCAACCAGCACAGGUUGAACGCCCAAGCCCAGCACAAUAACCAUUACAACAGCUAUGAUGAGCAGUCUAGUUCCAGUUCCGGAUCGUCGGAGGAAACCAACCAAGCUACUCCUACGGUCUCGAGUCCCGUCAAGAACUCGAGCGGUGGCUUCCUGUCGAACGAAAGCGCUCCGGAACACCUGCCCGGCUUCCACUACAUCUCCAGCGGGUACACCUACUUCAACUCGCACCCCCACAAGCAGAAGUUCGCCGCCAUUCCGGUGGAACCUCCAACCCCAGCAAUCCGCAAGCCGUACGUGGCCCCAACGCUGACCACCCCAGCGCCGUCCCCCUCCAAGUACCUCUUCCAGAACCACCGACCUGCCCCGGCCGGAACCACGUCCAAACCCUCGGUCCCACGCCGUCCGUACAUCGCCCCGGCCCUCACCACCACCAAGCGACCGUACGUGGCCCCGUCCGUGGACACGGCCGCGGUCACCUCCAAGCCCCCGAGCGAUGCCUUCCUGCUGCUCAGCCCCCAGCAGAACGGAGCCAGCCGGUUCCGGUACACGACCGCCAAGACGGCCAGCACCGCCAGCAAGCAGCAGAGCGAACUGUACGAGCCGGAGUUUGACAUCGACAUCAGAAUCGAUCUGUCGUCGGAUUCACAGUAGAGGGGAUGUAAACAAAACAAACAAACAACACAAAAAGUCAUAAACCACCACAACAACAACAAAAAACGACGCGCAGACUAACAACAACGAACAACAAACAUGAACACAGACGAGUAAUUCAAACUUUGCCUUCUAGCCACUAGAGAAUAUUAAUUUUAAUUUAAAUCGAAUUAUGACGAAAGAAUAAAGUUGCGGAGAAAUGAA